UAUUAAGGCAAUGUACUGAAGGAGGAACACUUCCCUGAGAGCCACCGACGGCCUGAUUUUAUCAGGAAACCUAAUCUGUGAGAGUCCAACUCCGAAGAAAAGUGAGACCAGUAGAGCACAAGUUUGUUCCUGAGAAGCACUGUAUAAAAUCACACCAUCGUGUUUCUGGCUACUUCGUGCCGACGGCCAUUUUAAAUAACGCAAAUUGAAAACGUCUUAUGUUUUGCUUGAGAACAAGUGACAAAUUUUCGGUCAGUAAUCGUUGUCUUUGAGAUCAGCACAACACCCGAGAAUGUCCUCGACCAGAGACUAUACCCGGGCUGAAAUCAGCGAUACAACAACAAACGUUCCUUUGCUAAGCGAAGAUUCUUGGGAAGAUGGACCCAGCGACCCAGUUUUGCUCAUUAACGACACAGUCGAAGAUCAUCCCUCGGUUCGUUUCUCCGUCUCCUCGGCGGAAAAUGGCUCAAAUUUUAACUCCCCGUGCAAGCUUUCAAAGACCACAGCCCUUGUAGGGAUCAUUGCUGCGCUCAUCGUGAUUUGCAUCGUGUUAUCUGCGUUGCUGUCAAGACAUAAACAAGAGGAGGUCGUGGUACCCUCACACCAGAGUACUGUGUGUGUUACCGAGGGUUGUAUAGACGCAGCUUUUCACAUGUUUCACGCACUAAACCGAUCCGUUAAACCAUGCGACGAUUUUUACGAAUAUGCCUGCGGAGGUUGGUUGCAGAAUCACCCAAUUCCUGAGAGCAAAUCUUUCUGGGGGAUUUAUUCAGCUUUGCAGGAAGACAAUGAAAGGCUUCUACGCCAAUUGUUAGCUACACCAACGAGGUCACCAACCAUGAAGAAGGCCAAGACUUUUUACGAUUCCUGUAUGAACAUGACAUCAAUCAACAAAAUGGGGGCAAAGCCACUGCUUGAUAUAAUUGAUGACCUUGGUGGAUGGAGCAUAACGUCGCCAGAUUGGAACAAAACAAAAUUCGAGUUUAGCAAAACCCUAAAAAUAGUUCAAAGGAAGUAUUCAGUUUCCGCCUUUUUCGGCGUAGAUGUUGAUGCAGAUGAUAAAAAUUCUUCAAAAAACAUUAUUAAGGUUGAUCAAAAUGGACUGGCAUUAUCUCGAACAUACUACCUUAGCAACUUAACUGAUCCGAAACUGGUUGCCUACUUGAAGUAUAUGACUACUAUUGGUGUUUUACUGGGAGGGGAGGAGAAUGAAACAAGAAGGCAGAUGCAAGAGGUUUUAGAGUUUGAAAUUAAAUUGGCAAAGAUUUUUGUGCCUCAUGAAAACAGAAGCCAGAUUGACGAGAUUUACAACAAAACAAAUAUCAAGAACCUCACAGAGCUUUGUCCGCAGAUCAGCUGGCUUGAUUUCUUCAAGAAUCAUUUCAAAGACAUUCCUGACAUUAAAAAUGAGGAAGAGGUUGUGGUGUAUGCCACACGAUAUCUUGCGGCUUUGUCACCAGUGAUAAAGAAUGCAUCAGACAUGUUGCUGAAUAAUUACUUGGUGUGGCAAGUUGUUCAUUCAUUUGCACCCUUGCUAUCAGAGAAAUUCCGUGAUGCUCAUGAAGAUCUGAUCAAAGUAUUAACAGGCUCCACAAGAUCGGAAGACUUGUGGAAGAAGUGCAUGGCAAACACGGAUGGAGCCAUAGGGAUGGCUUUGGGAAAGCUAUUUGUGGAUAAGGUCUUUGAUGAAACCAGCAAACAACAGGCCACUGAGAUGGUUGAUGCUGUGCGUAAUGCAUUUAAGAAAGGUCUUCCAUCUCUUGAGUGGAUGGAUGAAAAGACACGCAAGGCAGCAGAAGACAAGGCAGAUGCAGUGGUAGACAUGAUUGGAUUUCCAGACUACUUCAAAGAUCCACAAAAACUUGAAGAGAAGUACAAGGGGCUUAAUUUCGACCCCAAGAAUUACUUUCAGAACAUGCGCAAUUCCGAUGACUUCCAUCUGUCCAAGACCCUGCAUAUGCUUCGAAAGCCUGUUGACAAACAUAAGUGGUAUAUGACUCCACAAACUGUAAAUGCUUACUAUAGUCCAUCCAGGAACCAGAUUGUAUUCCCAGCAGGAAUUUUGCAAGCUCCAUAUUACAACAGGAAAUUCCCAAAGGUCGUCAACUUUGGAGAAAUUGGAGCUGUGGUGGGCCAUGAACUUACUCAUGCCUUUGACAAUUCAGGUCGCAUGUAUGAUAAGUAUGGAAAUUAUGGAACCCUGUGGUGGACUCAAAAAUCUGUGGAACAGUAUGAGAAGAGAAGUGCAUGUAUGAUAGACCAGUAUUCACAAUUUUCUUACUUUAACAAAAAAGUGAAAGGCAAAGUUACCCUGGGAGAAAACAUAGCUGAUAAUGGAGGCUUAAAGUCUGCUUACAAUGCUUAUAAGGAGUGGGAAAAGAAAGAAGGAGUAGAACCUCCCCUUCCUCUCCUAAACAUGACGGCAGAUCAAACAUUCUUCACUGCAUUUGCACAGAGCUGGUGUGCAAACAUAAGAGAGCAGGUUGCGAUUGUCAGGCUUGAUUCUGACUCCCACUCACCUGAUAAAUUCAGGGUCCUGGGUUCACUGUCUAACUCAGAAGAUUUUGCUGCAGCCUUCAAAUGUGAUCUUGGAAGCAAAAUGAACCCUAAGAAAAAAUGUCACAUUUGGUAGAGAAACUAAUUCUCUUGAACCUACCUUAACCUUUUUCACUAUAACGUCAGUAUGUAUAUUCUCCAUACUGUUCUUUAUGCAUUUCUUCAGGUGCUGACAAGGAGAAUUUGUUUGGCAAUCAAAGGCUUCUAUAAUUGGUGAUCAUUUCCUUUAUUUUUUGUGGCCUUUAUAUUUAACUUGGUGGGUGAUAUUGCAAGGCGAUAUUAGAUGAUAACCACUCUCAAGGAUUAAAGGAUUAACAGAGAAUUUCUUAAAUAUUGGAGUUGCGGUAAAUUCUAUUGACCCUUUAACUCCAAGAUCUCAUUAGUAAUUCUCCUUACUGUCUGUCAUAUAGUUCUUUUGAUGUUAGUUUGGAGAAUUUGGUAUUAGAUCAACUAAUAAUCCCCUGGUUAAUAUUUUUCUUUAUUCUCAUCACUUGUCUGCUUGAUAUUGUAUCAAUAUUGUGAGGAGAAAUUUUGUCUUGGUCACUCAUGGGAGUUAAAGGGUUAAAAAAAGGUUACCAUUUUCUGGCAGACUACCGAUUCCAACCACUCCUUUAAACUUUUUUAUUUAUUCAGUUUCAGUUCAAUCAAAUUUCAUUCAAUUUUCAGUGUUAAUUUCAUUCAAUUUUCAGUGUUAAUUUCAUUUAAUUUCAAGUGUUAAAUACCUUAACCAAGGUUUUUUCAGAAGUCCUGCCAAUGACUUAAAAUGUUGUGAUGAUAACUUAUUUAAAUUAUUCAUAGUAACUACUAGAAGUACUAUUAGAGUUAUUUUCAGUGUGGAAGAAGUUUUGACAUUUGCUCAUUGUCAGAGCAAAGGAAAAUGUAAUUGUAAUUAUAUGUACCAAGUAGGUAGUGUUUAUUUAAUUUUAAAAUACCCAUUUAUGUGGGUAGAGUUUCCCUAGACAUAACCUCAUGUUCAUGAGGAUGAUGUGAGAAGAGAAAGGCAUAUUGAUUAUUUUGGUCAAUAAAGGUACAGCUGUCUUGUACAGAAGAGGAGUUUUGGUAAAAUAUUUCUUUUGUGUUGUUUUGUUUUUUAUUUUCAUUUUGAUUAGGAAAAUAGGGCGAUGAGAAAAUGUAAUAACACAAAAGAGAUGUAAUGCUAUAGUAGGGUCAAAUUUUAUCAUUAAUAUUUUGUAAAUUUUUUUUUGAAGUUCUCAAGUUUAUUUUCUGGCAAAGAGUAAGAUGCCACAUGCACCACUCACCUGGGGGGUAUGGGGGCAUGCUUACACAGAAAAUUGUGAAAAAAAUGAAGCAGCUAAGACAUGCAGCAAGAAUUUCCACUGUUGGAAAGUGUUUAAGGCGAGUACAAAAGUAAAGAGGGGUGAAUUACAUUUAGAAGGAUAAUCAUGUUAAACUUUAUAAGUACUUAACUGAAUCAGCAGUUUGCCAUCUCAAAAUCAACAGUUUAAACCAGAAACCUAUGAUGAUAGUUUCAAUGUGCAAGUGUAUGAUUGAAUUUAUUUUUGUGAAACUCCAGAGCUCUGCAUACUGUAUUAAUAUCGCAUACUGUAUUAGUUUGGUUACUUAACAGUGCUACAGUACACUUUGUUAAGACAACUGAAUUUCAACAUUAAAAUUGUUCAAUAACUUGUAAAUGUUAAGGUGCAAGAUAUUUUCAUUAUGUAUGUUAAAAUACACACACUUAUAAAUAUAUCUAUAAGUCUCAGAUAUAUAAACAAUGGCCUUCAUUUGAUUCCAAAAUAUGCACGGAUAGUUGUCUUCAGAAAGCAAAGUUUGAGGAAAACUGUGAGAUUCAAGGAACAAAUAUUGUUUACAGACAAAUAAACAAGGAUAUUUUUGUGCCAAAUGGAGGCUAUUGUGUUUAUUAUCCUUCAAAUAUUUUUCAACAUGUGGGAAAAAAAUUUUUACCAACAGCUUAACGUUUACUGCAUUAGAUUUUCACUUUUCAAUGUUCUCUGGUAUAACUUUGUGAACAAAUAGAUCCUGUCUUCUGUAACAACCUGAAAGCACUCUCUCACUGUCAAUUAAAUUUUACAGGAAAACUUAUCAUAGUUGAAAAUAAGGUUUAAAGUUAGGGAAUAUCACUUGGGUGAUAUCACUCAGAUAUUCUCCAGUUUUAGCUAGGGCAUAUACGGUCAUGUGAUGCAUUAAGACUAAUGGCAUACAAGCAAAAUAUUUGAUGGAUUAUAAUAAAAGUAAACUGUUUUAAAGGUAAAAUAAAAUUCAGC